GUGUACAUCUCAGCCAGUAAAAUCAUAGUAGAGUCAUUCCCCAUGUCCGCUCUCGGGUAUGGUACACAAAUCCAAUCUGUCCUGUAAUUUAGCGUUCAUAAAUCUCAAACAAAACGUUAACGUUGCCUGACCUAAGGAGCCAUUUCAGAGACGACAUCAUGGGUGAACCACAGCAGGUUAGCGCCCUGCCUCCUCCACCAAUGCAGUACAUCAAAGAGUAUACGGAUGAAAAUAUCUGCAAGGGGGUGGCGCCCAAACCGCCUCCACCUAUCCGAGACAGCUACAUGAUGUUUGGCAACCAGUUCCAGUGUGAUGACCUGAUCAUUCGUCCUCUGGAGAGCCAAGGCAUCGAGAGGCUUCAUCCUGUGCCGUUUGACCACAAACGUGAACUCAAGAAGCUCAACAUGUCUAUCCUGGUGAACUUCCUGGACCUUCUGGACAUCCUUAUUAAGAGCCCCGGUAGUAUAAAGCGAGAAGAAAAGCUGGAGGACUUGAAACUUCUGUUUGUUCACAUCCAUCACCUGAUAAAUGAGUAUAGGCCACAUCAAGCCCGGGAGACUUUGAGAGUGAUGAUGGAGGUGCAAAAGAGGCAGAGACUUGAGACGGCAGAGCGGUUCCAAAAACACUUGGAGCGGGUGGUUGAGAUGAUCCAGGGGUGCCUUGCCUCCCUGCCAGAUGACUUACCACAGAUUGAGGAAUCUGACAGUGCUGGAGAUGGGACAAGAACUGUGGCUGCUGGAAGCAGUGUUGGGCCUUCUGGGCAGGGUCCCAGGCUGAAAACAGAGCCUAUGGAAGUAGAGGAAGUAGGAGCAAGCUGUAUGGCAGCUGCUCACCAGAACAAGGGUGCACCUACAAUAAAGAAGGACAAAACAUGGGACAAAGAUGCUGCCAUGUGCAGUAUUAUUGAUAAAAUCGCCUAAGUUUUCUCCAGUGUGGACAUUUUUUUGUAAACCUCAUCUGUAAAUGUUUUUAAAUGUGAUUGUGUAAAGACGUUGGUUAUGUUGUCAUUGGGCUACCAGUUUUCUUUUGAAUUUAGUCUAUUUAAAAGCUUUGUAUGUAUUGUUGUAUGGCCUCAGGAAAGAUAUAUCCAUCCAUGCAUUGUCUGUAAUGAUUAUGCCAGGCAGUACUGCAGAGGAAACAUAAUUCAAAUUACACAAGAUUAGGGUGGCCAACUUUCCUUUGUAAUAAAGCCAAUAAAAAAAUAAUGUUUCUAAAA